CAAACUGACAUUUGGACACCACAGCUUCACAGAGUAGUCGCGAUGACGAGUGCUAAGCUCCACUCUGCAGCCGUUGUUUUAUACUUGAUGUUGAUAGCGAGCCUAGAUGCCACAGAACACAAACAAAAUGACACAGAUUCAUGCAUUCUGAGGCUAAAAGAGAACGAAAGUCGCGUCCGCUCGGAUGUGAUAAAAGAGUUGAAGGAAGAAAUAAAAGAGGUAUUUAAGUCUCAGUUUAAGCGAUUUGAGCUCCUAAAGAAUGAGGUUGCUGUUGAAAAGGCACGACAGCGUGUGAUGGAGGAGAAGGUGGAUUUUUCAUAUGAGGGCGUUCAGAAACUCGAGUCUGCUCUCUCACAAUGCACAGUGAUUACAGCAACUCCUAUCACGGUCGCAAACACCACCACCACCACCACCACCACCACUACGACGACGACGACAACUACAGCAAAACCAGAUUUGUGUGCAGCUGGUUUUGUGAGAUUUGAAGACCACUGCUACAUACUGGAACUGGAUAAAACCAGCUGGGCUUCUGCAAGAAGUAGAUGUCGUAUCAUGGGUGCCGACCUCGUCUCUAUCAAUACACAAGCUGAGAACGACUUUCUGUUGGCUCAAAUAAAGGAAUACUUCCCGCCUGACCAGAAGACUAAUGCUUAUUUCUGGAUGGGAAUGAUGCAUGUUGGCGGAAAGUACACGUGGCCUGACGGCACUGAGGUGGGCUUCACUGACUGGCUUUCGGCAGGGGAACCAAACUGUAUGGAUGGGAACUGCAAAGCAUUCAUUACAACAUACGACUAUGCAUACAAGUGGGAGGAUGCCCGAAGUAGUUAUGACUUCUACUCUAUCUGUGAGAAGGAUGUUGCCUAGAGAAAGGAACGGAAGAUACCUCUCUUCAGGGAGUGUUUUGUACUGUAAAGCUAAGGCAAAUAAAACUAUUUAGUUUUC